UGACACCUCAAAUCCUAAACCUGAAGGACUAUUUUUCACAUUGAAAACUCUUGAAUUGUGUAAAUUAUUACAUAAAUCGUUUUCAGUGUUAAUCAAAGUUGUGAUGUGCUGUUACUGAGAAUGUUCUUGAACCGUAACGUUAGAUCUAAGAACACUGCCUAGAAAAACAUGGAAGAGCCAGACACGAAAUCGGCAAAAUAUAUAAAUCAAAAAAUAUCAUAAAACACUUGUAAUAUAGAUCUAGUCGAAUUGUUAUUUUAAAUUAUUUAUUUAUGAAUAUUGAUAAUCAAAUAAAUAUAAUUAAUAUAUGAUUCCAAUUGUUUUUAAAACAAUGUAUUUUUAAUAUUAGUGUUUGAGUUACCAAAGUAUAAAAUACGUUAGGUAGAUGUUGUUAAGUAUAUGUGAUUUUUGGAAUAAUAAGGACAAAGACGGAAGCAAUAUGGCCGCCACGAUGGUUGAGACUCCCCCGCCUCAGCUGAUAACGAAUAUAGAAUGGGGGAUGAUGGAUAAAAGUAAAUUCUUUCCGCUGUACACGUUGAGUAGUUUUACUGUACGCUGUGCACUCUACCCACUGACGCUUAUAAAAACACAGAUACAAGUACAAAGGAAGAAAGAGGCGUAUAAAGGUGUAUCAGACGCGAUAUCUAAGAUAUAUAAGAAUGAGGGUGUGGCUGGGCUCUAUAGGGGCUUCUGGCUGUCCAGUUUUCAGAUAAUUUCUGGCGUGUUCUACAUUUCGACGUAUGAAGGAGUGAGGCACGAACUUGGCAACUACGAUAUUAACGCUAGAAUGAAGUCGUUCAUAGCGGGCGGCUGUGCGUCGCUCGUCGGUCAGACGGUUAUUGUACCCUUCGAUGUGCUGAGUCAGCAUCUAAUGGUUUUGGGUCUGGUUAAGGGCUCGCCGGGUGGCAUGAAGAAUUCGAAAGUGAACCCACUCGGCUUAAACCUAGAACAGCGCAUGUCCAAAUCGGCCCUAGCCCGCGAGGUAGCGAUCCGUGUGUACCGCCUGCACGGGCCGCUGGGAUACUACCGCGGUUACGCGGCUUCGCUCGCCGCGUACGUGCCCAACUCGGCGCUGUGGUGGGCGUUGUAUACCGCGUACCAAGAUGAACUGAUCAAAAUAAGUCCAGUCUGGGUGUCCCACCUCUUGAUACAGUGCGUGGCCGGUACACUCGGUGGGUUCACAACCACUAUAUUGACGAAUCCCUUGGACAUAGUACGGGCUAGGCUACAGGUUGAAGGCGUUGGCUCAAUGCGGCAAGUGUUCAACGAACUUUGGAAAGAAGAAGGCAUAUUCGGUCUAUACAUGAAGGGUCUGUCGGCAAGACUAGUGCAGUCCGCCUGCUUCUCCUUCUCCAUCAUACUGGGAUAUGAGACGAUAAAACGGGUGUCUGUUAGUGACGAGUAUAGGCCUAGAGUGCGUUGGUGAAUAAAUGAUAU